AUGGGAAAAUUUUCAGCAGAAUAUUAUGUGGCAGUUGGGCGACGGGAACAGCAUCAAUUUUGGCUAAAUAAAUGGACCCCAAGUGGCACCUCUCUUAUGUCCAUCACUAAUCAGACUAAUAUUGACACAACCUUUUCUGUUAAGGAUGUGGUCAUCGCCCUCCCAGCUCCUAACUACACGGACGGACCUGACAAUACUGUUUGGGGAGGAACCAACACUAGGAAAUUCACAAUUCAAAGUGCCUAUGAAUCUCUAAACAAUAGAGCUCAGUCUAUCGAGGGAGAAUGGAAGGCCUUGUGGAGUUGGAAAGGCCCUCAUAGAAUUCAAACUUUUAUGUGGAUGGCGGCUCAUGAGCGACUUCUCGCUAAUUAUCGUAGGAGCAAAUGGGGUGUCGGAAUAUCUACCACAUGCUCUGGAUGUGAUAAAAACAAUGAAACCACUAUUCAUGUUUUGCGGGAUUUCCCUAUAGCAACACAAACUUGGAUAAGUUUACAAAAUCUUGUUAUAGAGAGUUUUGUUGGAAAAACCAAGAUUAUAAGUAACCAAAAUAUUGACAACAAUAGCCAAGAAGACAUGAAGAAAGGAGUAAAUUUUGCAUUUUCAGGUGCUAGUGCACUUAAAAAGAUUUAUUUCGCUCGUCGUGGAAUCAUAGAACCACAAACAGAUCAUUCAUUGAGUGUGCAAUUUGAGUGGUUUAAGAAACUAAAGCCAUUCAUGUGUAAAAGCAAAAAAGAAUGCACUAGCUACUUCAAAAAAUCAUUGUUUAUAGUGGGAGAGAUUGGUGGGAAUGAUGUUCUACAGUAUAUCUCAUCUAAAAAGUUUACAAAAAUAAGAAAAGUUGUUCCCUAUUUGGUUGAAUCAAUUACACAUACCACCAUCUCAUUAAUCAAAGAAGGAGCCGUGGAGCUAGUGAUUCCUGGAAACUUUCCAAUUGGGUGUAAUGCUGGUGUGUUGACAAAUUUGAUUAGUACGAAGAAAGAAGACUAUGAUGAACUUGGGUGCCUGAUAGCUUACAAUGCUUUCGCCGAAUACUACAAUGAACAACUUAAAAAUUCUAUAGAGACAUUAAGACAUAAAUACCCUCAAGCUAAGAUAAUAUAUUUUGACUACUACAACAAUCUCAAACGUUUAUAUCAAACACCACAGCAAUAUGGUUUUAUUUCUGAUAAGGAAGAGAUUUUGAAAGCAUGUUGUGGAGGAAGUGGACCAUACCAUGUUAAUCUUGAAAUAUUUUGUGGAACGGGUAGCUCAACAGUUUGCCCCGACCCUUCAAAAUAUAUAAAUUGGGAUGGCUCACACUUAACUGAAGCAUCAUAUAAGUUAAUAGCAAAGGGACUAGUUGAAGGCCCUUUUGCAAAUCCUUCCCUUAAAACUCCUCUUUUCAAUAUAGCUUAG